UGUAAUAACCAGCAGCUAGGGUUUUCCUCCAAGGUUUGACGGGCGAGAGAGAAGAAGAGAUUCUCUCUUGCAAUGGCGAAAAACAAUCAAUUUCAGCUAUUCAAUAGCAUGACGAAGCAAAAGGAGAUCUUCAAAACCAAGCAGCCGGGCAAGGUUGGCAUGUACGUUUGCGGCGUCACCUCCUACGAUCUUAGUCAUAUCGGCCAUGCCCGGGCCUACGUUGCUUUUGAUGUUCUUUACAGGUAUCUUAAGCACUUGGAUUAUGAUGUUACUUAUGUUAGGAAUUUCACGGACGUGGAUGAUAAGAUAAUCCGUAGAGCAAAUGAGCUUGGGGAAGAACCCUUAUCAUUGAGUAAUCGUUAUUGCCAUGAAUUUCUUGCUGACAUGGAUGAUCUUCAAUGCCUCCGUCCUACCCAUGAGCCUCGUGUCUCUGAACACAUGGAUCAUAUACGAAAUUUGAUAGCCGAGAUAAUUACUAAUGGUUAUGCAUAUACCUUGGAAGGGGAUGUGUAUUUCUCUGUUGACAAACUUCCAAGCUAUGGUCAAUUAUCUGGACGGAAACUUGAGGACAACAGAGCCGGUGAGCGGGUUGCUGUUGAUUCAAGGAAACAAAACCCCGCCGACUUUGCUUUGUGGAAGGCUGCUAAACCUGGAGAACCAAGCUGGGAUAGUCCAUGGGGCCCAGGAAGACCUGGAUGGCACAUUGAAUGCAGUGCAAUGAGUGCUCAAUACUUGACUUAUUCAUUCGAUAUCCAUGGCGGUGGAAGGGAUUUAAUCUUUCCCCAUCACGAGAAUGAGCUCGCCCAAAGCUGUGCUGCUUGUUCCGAUACCCAUGUGGGUUACUGGGUCCAUAAUGGUUUCGUGACUGCUAACGAUGAGAAAAUGUCUAAAUCCCUUGGAAAUUUUUUCACAAUUCGCGAAGUUACUAAACUAUACCAUCCUCUAGCAUUACGCCAUUUCUUGUUGGGCACACACUACAGAUCACCUGUCAACUAUUCAAUUUCUCAAAUAGAAAUAUCAUCGGAAUCUGUUUACUAUAUAUACCAGACAUUGCAAGAUUGUGCAGAUGCUCUAUCCCCAUUUCGACAAGAAUCUCAAAAUAAUAGCAAACCUGUUAAGACAACUCCAGCAGCUCAAGAGUGUAUUAAUAAGCUACGUUCAGAUUUCGAAACGAAGUUAUCAGACGACUUGCAUACGCCAUAUAUUCUGAAUGCUUCUCUUCAAGAAGCAUUUAGAUUCAUAAACACUUCUUUGAACCAGCUAAAGAAGAAGUUACAGAAGCCGCAACAGUUAGCGCUUGUGCGUUCCUUAACUGAACUGGAGGAAGAAAUCAAAACGGUUUUGAGAGUGAUUGGGCUUCUCUCAUCGGCUGAUUACUCUGAGGUCUUGCAACAGCUGAAAGAAAAAGCCCUAAAAAGGGCUGGAUUAUCAGAAGAAGACAUAUCAGGUUUCAUUGAAGAGAGAGCAACAGCAAGGCAAAACAAGGAUUUCGGUAGGGGAGACGAGAUCAGAAGCGAGCUAACGAAGAAGGGUAUUUCCUUGAUGGAUAUAGGCAAGGAAACUGUCUGGCGCCCAUGUGUUCCAACCAUUGAACAAGAAGAAGAGCAGAAGCAGCAAAAUCUGCCUGUGGAAGCUGGAGUGCAGAAACUCUCUGUUGUGGAACCACAGCAGAUUCCUCCUCCUGCCUCUACAGUUUGAUGAAUGAAUGUGUAUGUGUUUCAAUUUUUUUUUUUACCAUAUACAUAGACAAAAAAGUUACUGAAUUCAUCUGAGUUACAGACAUCAUUGAUCGAUGUUGUAUCUGUUUUUAUGUUUGUUUUUACUUUUUGACAGCUAUCUAUUUGAGGCAUUUUCACAUAAGAACUUUAAGAGGAAUAUGACUAUUUAAUUAGUUUUGGCAGGAGAUUUAUAAUUUAUCCUUGUAA